UGCUAUAGGGUCUCCUGCUUGAGCAGGGGGUUGGACUAGAAGAUCUCCAGGGUCCCUUCCCACUCUGUUAUUCUGUUAUUCUUAUUUAGCCAUUCCAUUCUGUUUCCUAUUAAAUCUAUCGUGAGAAUAAUUCAGGUGACAUCUAGAAUGGGCCAAGGUAAAGAUCUUUAAGGAAUGUGGAAAUUCAUCCUGAGGGUCUAUAUAUUUUCCUUCUCCACCCUCCUCCGCGCCUUAUAAUAGCUCCAAGAUUCAGCCUGCUCUUUAAGUCCUGUAGAAAGGACAAUAACAGUUUACAUUUUCGUUUUCCUAAUUAAGUCAUUCUUCCUCUUUCCACUACAAACUGUACAAGUCACAAGAGAACAACACUUAUCUGCCUCCUUACACAAUAUAGAUUUUAAAAGUCAGAUCCUUUUUUGGAUUUACUAUCUCAGGAGGGGUAACCACAAAGGUUUCCGCACCCUCCCUCCUCUCACUGGAAGUGACUUCUUGUUAAAUGUGUGAACAUUGCAGAAUCCCAGAGAUUCAAGCAUGGCUUGUGGAGAGUAGCACAUCUGGGCAAUCUCUGAAAAAACGUUCAGAAAAGAGCCAUCCUUGUCUGUAUUUUGUGGCUGUUUGAUCCCACACAGCAUGUAACCAGCAAAAGGACUUUACACAACUUGUCUGAUUUCAGAACCAGGGCACCAAGUUGAGAAGCUUUUAACCAGGGUUGAGAAACUCUUAGAUUCACCACUGUUAUGGAGGUGGAACAUGGUUUGGGCAUUUGCUCUGCGUAGCCUUUUUGAAGGUUUGACUUCUGAGCCACCAUGCUGGCAGAAAGCUUCAUAACUGUCUUUGCCUAUAAAGGCGAGCCUUUUGACUCCCGUGAAGGCCGGUUGCUGAAAUCUGUUGGACAAGAAUCUUGGCAAAGCCAGUUUGCAAAUAUGGAUGAAAAUGAACAGCUCUUUACGGAAUCCAGUCAGGCAGCAGCUGAGAAGAUGGCGGGGAUUCAUGGCGGAAACGUGGAUCCGAAAGGUCAUCAGCAGAUCCCUGGACAAGAUGCGCCAAGGAACAAAACCCACAAAAUACCCCUGUCCGUCCCUCAGCGCAUACCAGUUCAAGAGCAGUACUGUGGGAAACAGCUGGAUUUGUACAGAUCUUGGACAUGCCAAAGUCUUUAUCAGGAUUACCCUGAUUUGCAUAUCGGAGGAGAUCAUAUCGCUGACCAUACCCAUGAUUCCGGUUGCAUCGUGGACCAGACUUACAACAAAUUAUCUGGCCCCGUGUUCUUGUCCACGGAUCUCCCCUUAGAUACUCCCUUCCCAUUACAGAAACCCAGGGUGCUAAAGUUGGGUCACGGAGACGACGUUGGGGAGAACAGCCUGGCUUACCGUAAGGAGCCCCUCUCUAACUCGUUGCUUAACAAACACAUGGAAAAGGAAAUCCAGGAACUCUAUAAACAGUUUUGGGAAGAGAAGUUGACUCACUGCAAUUCCAUCACCCACUGCCUGAUGUCGAACGGCCUGAUGAGUAACACCGGUGAGGCCCACCACCCACUCCCUCAUGGACACCAGCAAACGCUGUUGCACUCUCUGGCUCGUCUGGGCUUGCACAACACCAGCGGCGGAAACAGCAGUGAAUUUAGCACGCCGAAUUUGCAAAUCUCCGCCCCGCUUUGCAAGAGAAAAUGUCUGUGAUGCAACGUGCGCCGGUGAGGGAAAGCAAUAGAUUCUUUAAAAAACAAACAACACAAAUGGGACAGUCUUUGGUUAACAGCAGUAGCACCUAGACCAGGGGUCGGCAACCUUAAACCCUCAAAGGGCCACAAAAGUCCUAACCAGAAGUCCCCAUUCAAUUCUGGAGCCGACCGGAAGUCUGGCUUCCCCACCAUAGAGUCUCCUCCUAGUGUGGUGUCCUUUUUCCUCUACCUGUCCUAACCAAAAGCCCUAUCAAUUGUGGAGCCGACUGGAAAACCCUGCCCUUGCCAUAGAGUCUCCUUCUGGCACGCCAUGCUUCCCCCCCUCCCUAACUGGAAGCUCCUCUCAAAAUUGUGGCGCCGACUAGCGACAGGGAGCCACAGCAGAGAGAUGAAGGAGCCACAUGCGGCUCCAGAGUCGCAGGUUGCUGACCCCUGACCUAGACUUAUAUACUGCUUUACAGCCCUCUCUAAGCAGUUUAGAGAGGGCUGUAAAGUCAUCAUAUUGCCCCAACAAUUUGGGUCCUCAUUUUACCGAUCUCGGAAGGAUGGAAAGCUGAGUCAACCUUAAUACUAGAAUGGACAAGCUUUGAUGGGCAAGAUUUACAGUUAAAGUUUCUGGAAGGUGACAAGUACAGCAGUCGGCAAGGUGACAAUCUAUAUACAAUGGAACCCUGUCAUGUAUAUUAAAAAAUCUGAGAACUUGAAAGAAACCUAGGCAUUACUAAGCCUAUUUUAAGGUUUAUGCUGCAUUUGUGUAUCAGUUAUUUUUAGCUAUUUACAAAACAACAGAUCAACAGAAUGACAAAGUUGGAAGGGACCUUGGAGGUCUUCUAGUCCAACCCCCUGCUCAAGCAGGAAACCCUGUACCUUUUCAGACAAAUGGCUGUCCAAUCUCUUCUUAAAAACCUCCAGUGUUGGAGCACUCACAAUUUCUGGAGGCAAGCCAUUCCACUAAUUAAUUUUUCUCACUGUCAGGAAAUUUCUCCUUAGUUCUAGUAGCAUUAUAGUAGGAAUUCUAGAAUAGUGGUAAUAGUGAUGGUAGAAAAGUAGACUUAGGAACUAUUUUUGACCUUGACUUGAUUCUAAAAUCUACAGUGUUGUAGGCAGUGGUGGGAUUCAAAUAAUUUAACAACCGGUUCUCUGCCCUAAUUAUUUUUUCCAACAACCAGUUUGCCAAACUUCUCAGAAAGUUAACAAUUGAAUCGGUUCUCCUGAAGUGGUGCAAACUGGCUGAAUCCCACCACUGGGAUUCCCACCAGAGGACAUUUGCAAUAAAAGACUUACUCACUUGGGAGAGUUGUAAGGGUUGGACUACAGACAUAUCUGCUUCCAUCCUCUUGUUUUGUUUUGGCAUUUCAAAAACAUUGUCCUGUAAAGUUCAUAUAUUUCUCCAGAAAUAUAUGGAAAAAUAAUCAGGAAUACAUUCUGGAGAAAGUGAAAUGCAUUUGGAGAAAGUUGUGAAGGAUUCUAGUGGAAAUCGUAGAAUUCUUCACGGCAAGAUAUUUAUGAAACCAUAACAUGCCCUUAAAACUUGUGACAUUAAUUUUCCGGUUAAAAAAGAUAGGGGAACAGAAACAAAGUGGAUUUCUGCUUUCUGACAUGUCAGUUUCUAACCACUUAAGAUAAUUCAUUGCUGAUCCAUUUUUUUUUUCUGAAAUGGAAAUAUGACUCAGGACUUUAUACAGUUAUAAUGGAAACUUCUUAGACACUAACGAAGCAGUGUUAGUGUAGACUCUUUAAUGAAUUGAUCCAUACUAACUGGCGAAAAAUGUCUCUGUUCAUCUAAUGGUGGAGUCUCCUGAAUGAUAUCCAGAAGCACAAAACUAUCCUUAAAACUGGCCUUUCUUGGUGCCCCUGGAGAUUAUUUUUCCCACCUGGCAUUUUUUAUUUUAUGAAGCAAUUAUUUGAAGUUUUUUUAAAAAAAUGGGCAACAGGUCUUCUGAUUAUUGUAGUAAAACUAGGCAGCUGCAGCCUGGUAUUUUAACCUGAAAGUAUGUCUAGAGAAGGUCAGAAAUGAAGGUUAAUUGCGAACAUCCUUGGGAGGGGAUGACCUGAGGAUGAUAAGUAAGAUUCUGAGGAAAUUGCUUUGUAACUGAUGUCUCCCUAGCAGCCAUUUUGGAAACGAGCAAAUCUUGUCUUACAAACCUUAUUAGAGACCCGUGUUCCAAAUUUCCCAAAUACUCUUCUAGCCUCAAAAGCUUGGAUUUCUUUGCUUGAAUGGGUUUUAUUCAUUUCUGGAAGUUUUUUU